AUGAAACUAUUUUGUUAUCUCAGGCAAAUAGGCAGUCUUCUGAUUUUAAUUGUUUUAUUAUCACAUUCUUUUAUUUCUCUAAUCUUUUUUCAUUCUUUCUUCUCAUUAUUCUACCGGUUUUCUUCUUUUUCUUCUCCUCUUCCUCCUUCUCCUUUUUUUAUUGUUGUCAUUUUUUCUUCUCCUUCUUUUACUUUUUCUUCUUUUUCAUCUUAUUUUCCUUCUUUUUCUUCAUCUUCCUUCUUCUCUAUCUUCUUCUUCAUCUUCUUUUUCUUCUCGUUCUUCUUCUACUUCAUCUUCUUCUUUUUCUUCCAUUUCUUUUGCUUUUUCUUCUUUUUUAUCUUCUUCUUUUCCUUCUUUUUCUUCUUUUUCUUCAUCUUCCUUCUUCUUUAUCUUCUUCUUCAUCUUCUUAUUUUUCUUCUCGUUCUUUUUCUACUUUAUCUUCUUUUUCUUCUACUUCUUUUACUUUUUCUUCUUUUUCGUCUUCUUUUUUUUGCUUCUUUUUCUUCUUUAUCUUCUUUUUCUUCUCAUUCUUCUUCUACUUCAUCUUCUUUUUUUGCUUUUUCUUCUUUUUCAUUUUCUUCUUUUGCUUCUUUUUCUUCUUCUUUUUCUUCAUCUUCCAUCUUUAUCUUCUUGUUCAUCUUCUUUUUCUUCUCGUUUAUCUUUUACUUCAUCUUCUUUUUCUUCUUUUUUUGCUUUUUCUUCUUUUCAUCUUCUUCUUUUGCUUCUUUUUCUUCUUUUUUUUCUUCUUCUUUUUCUUCUUCUUUUUCUUCAUCUUCCUUCUUUAUCUUCUUCAUCUUCUUAUUUUCUUCUCGUUCUUCUUCUACUUCAUCUUCUUUUUCUUCUACUUCUUUUACUUUUUCUUCUUUUUCAUCUUCUUCUUUUUCUUCUUCUUCUACCUCUUCUUCUUCUUUUUCGUCUUCUUCAUCUCCUUCUUUUUCUUUUCCUUCUACUUCUUUUUCUUCUUCUCUGCCUUACCUUCCUCUUUUUCUCUUCUACUUAAUUCUUUUUCUCCCGUUAAUUUGUUAUACUUUUGUGUCCGCCUUCAUUUUCUUUUUUCUAUUUCCUUUUCUUUCUUUCUUUCAUUCUUUCUUUCUUUCUUUUCUAUUUUUUUCUUCUGAAUUUUUUCUCCCUCUCUAUCUUUUUAUUCAUCCUUUCAUUUCUUCAUCUAUUUCCUUCUUUUUCGAAAAUCUAUCUAUCUAUCUAUCUAUCUAUCUAUCUAUCUGUCGCAAUCCGUUCAAAUCUAUCUAG